AUGCUGAAUAGUACAUUGAAUCCAAUUUUAACAGAUUCGAACGAGGAAUCUACUUUUGAUCAUCAUCAUCAUCAUGAUGAUGAUUAUCAUAACAAUAGUUGCUAUAAUCAUGAUCAUCAUUCACCAACACCGCAAACACCACCACCACCCUCAUCCUCAUUAAUAAAUCAACAACAGAGGAAUAAACAUAAUUUAUUGAUUAAACAAUUAAUACAUUAUAUACGUUGUAUAGAUAAUCAACAUCAGAAUAAUAUACGUUUACGUAAAUAUUUACAAACAUUAAUGAUCAUGAUCAAUAAAAAUUCAAGUGAUCAACAUGUUACUUUAGCAACUAAAUUAUUGAUCAAAAAAUUCAAAAAAAAAUUUAAUUUAGAUCAAAGAUCCAAAUUGAAAAUUAUUCAAAAAAUGGAUUUUAUUUAUAAAUAUUGUUGUCAAGGGAAUAUUAAAAAAAAUGAGAGUGAAAUUAUUAAAAAAUCAAUAAAUCGAUUGAUAGAUUGGCCAAAUUUGAAAUCUUCACAACAAUCGUCAUUAAAUACUGAAUUAGAUUUUAUUCAUCAAACAUUACAACAUAAUAAAAUAGAUAAUCUUCAUCAUGAUGAAUACACGGAUCGAAAGAAUCGAACACUGAUAAGUUCUCAUGAAAAUAACAAUCAUCGUAAUACAAUAAGUCCAAUUGACUUAGUCUAUGAUCAAAUGAAAUCAUCAUAUGAUAGUGGAAUUGGGAAUUCAGGACAUAUGGAACAAUUAAACAAAGAUACUACUAUUACUAAUACUACUAAUACUACUACUACAACUACUACUGAAUUAAUGAAUUCUAGUAGUAUAAAUAAAGAUGAAAUAUCCAUGAAUGAUUAUGCAUUAGAUUUAACUGUAAACAAACUAUUUCAUAAACAAACUGUUGAAGAUAACCAACUGUAUGAAUCAUAUAUUAAAGGUAUAACAAUGAAUCAAUUAAUGCCAUUUCUACCAUAUCCAUCUUCAUCGGAACAUCAUAGUAUAACAUCAUCCACUAUCCCACAUCAAACUCCUACAUCGAGUAAUGUGAUGAAUAGUUGUGAAGGAAGACUAACAAAAACGGUUAAUAAUAAUGAUUUGUCUCCAUAUUCUCAAAUAUCAUCUUUAUAUGGAACACCAUAUCAACCAUCAUCAUCCUUAUCGUCAUCAUCGUCGGUAGAUUUAUUCACCGCAGCUGCAGCUUAUGCGGCGGCGGCGGCCGCUGCUGCUGCUACUUUAGUACAACCAACAAUAUCAUCAACUCCGACAACAACAACAACAAUCAUCAAUUCAUCAAUGAUACCAAGUAAUGAUCAUAAUCACCAUACAGCAAUGUUAACAACAAUGAUGAAAGAAAGAUCAUAUACAUUAGAACAAAUGAAUAAUAGAUUAUUAUCAUUACCAAAUAGUCAGAGUAGUACAUCUAUGAUACCACAAACCUUAUUAACUUUAUUUACAAAUUCAAAUUAUAAUUGGCCGCCAAAAUCAUCAACACCUUUAUCGAAUCAUUUAAACAACAACAACAACAAUCAUGAAUUCAUGUAUAAACAUCGUUUACAACAACAACAACAACAUCAGCAUCAACUUCCUUCUGAAUUCUUUCUAAAUCAACAUUAUUCCGAGAAUCAAUCCACGAUGAAUAUGGAUGAAGAAUAUUUAAUGAAUGAAGAAAGUCCAAAUGAUGAAUUAGGUCCAUUCAAGGCAUCACCACGAAUAGAAUGUGGAAAUUAUGAGCAGAAGAUGAACCUUCAUAAUAAUAGUGAUGGUGACGAUGAUGAUAAUGGUGAGGAUAAUGAUGAUGAUGAUGACUAUGAUGAAGAUUGUUUAACCGUACAAAGACAACAACAAAUACCGUCGACAAUGGUAACAACCACGACAAUAACGACAACUACACGAACAUCAACUACAACUACAACAGCAACAUCAUCAUCAUCACGUCCAUCUGAAGAUUAUUUAGAACAAUUUAUGAAAAUUGAUCAAUCACAAAAUAUAUUAUGGCGUCAGUUAGCUGAUCGUUUUCAACGUACACUUGGUCCAAAUCAAUGUGGUGUUUGUAAUAAAGUAUUAAGUUGUCGUAGUGCAUUAACAAUGCAUUAUCGUGUACAUACAGAAGAACGUCCAUUUGUAUGUAUUAUAUGUGAUAAAAGAUUUUCAACAAAAGGCAACUUGAAAACACAUUUAGGGCAACAUCAUGAAACAAUUGAAGCAUAUCGUACAGCAGUUGCUAUUGCUAUGGCAACUGGGACUGCAUUACCUCGACCUCCACCAAUGUCAUCUACAACUGUUACAGUUCCACUUUCAAAUUCUGUUUCAAUACCUCAAAUGAUUACUUCAGUAUCUGUAUCGAAUCAUACAUCAAUAACAUCAUCCUCUUCCAACUUAUCUCCUUCUUCAUCUACCAUCUCAAAUUCCUCAUCUUCAUUCAAUAAACUAACAAAGAAUUCACCAAUUAGCCCGUCAUUAUCUCAACCAAUUCAUGUGGAUGAUUCGAAAUCGCAGUUCACUUCGAAUACAUUCUCGUUACCAUGGUUACCUACAAGUCAACAAUCAUUAGCUCUCUUAAAUUCAAACUGUUCAUUAGGAACUUUUCCAAAAAGAUUCGAUUCAAAUUAUCCAUAUGAUUUAAUGUUAUUUGAUAAAGGUAAAGAGAAUUAUCGAAUGAAUACCACUACUAAUAAUAAUACUACUGAUAAUAAUGAUACUAUUCAUAGUAACUUAACAAUGAACAAUACAAAUCCGUUUUUACCCCAUUACAAUUCACAUAACUAUUCAUCUAAUCAUAAUCAGUUCGACUCGAUGAAACUAUUAUCAAAUCAUGCUGAAUUAUCGAAAUGUAUUGAUAAUACUACCAAUCCAAUCCAUAUGAAUUACUAUACUGACAAUACCUGUGAUGAUGAUGAUGAUGAUGGUAAUAAUAAUGAUGAGAAUGAAGUUGAUGUCACUGUUAGAGUUGGUUCUGUUACAUCUGAAUCUGUCGUCAUUGUUGAUGAUACUAAUACUAUUGACAAUGAGAAACAAUAUCAUUGUAGUAAUAAUAAUGAACAUUCAUCAAGGAAUUGUAUUGUGGAAUAUACAUCCACAACUCCAUCACUAUCGUCAUCAUCACCAUCGACAUCACCGUCGUCAUCAUCGUCAUCAUCAUUUCCAUUAUCCAUUAUUUCUACGACAACUACUAUGACUACAACUACUACUAUUACUGGUAAUAGUAGUACAACAAAUGAAACAUUCAUUCAUAAAAAAGAUUUCUAUCUUGAUUGUACAACAAAUAAAUUUUUAUCAGUUGCUAACUGUUUGUAA